AUGGGGCAGAGGACUUGCGCGAUAGUCACAGUCAGCGACCGAGUAUCCGCCGGAACAGCGGAGGACCGCAGCGGUCCAGCUUUAGCACAGCUGCUCACGAACGCGCAAUGGGAGGUAGUGGAGCGGCAGACAGUGCCCGACGAGAGCGCCAAUAUACAGUCCGUCGUGGAACGGCUUGUGGAGAAUGGCGUUGAUUUGAUUGUCACGACGGGUGGGACGGGCUUCUCGCCAAGGGAUGUUACUCCCGAGGCCAUUGCUCCCCUCCUCGAGCGUCAAGCACCCGGCCUCGUGGUCGCCAUGAUAACCACCUCCCUCGAAAAAACGCCCAUGGCAGCGCUCUCGCGGCCCGUAUGCGGCACGAAAGGCAAAUCGGUCAUCAUCACGCUUCCCGGGAGUGUGAAGGGCAGCACGGAGAAUCUGGAGAGUGUGUUGGACGUUUUGCCGCACGCGGUGGACUUGGCGAAGGGGGAUGUGGGAGCUGCGGAACAGACGCAUAAGGGGAUGAGUGGGGCCGAGGUAGGGGCUGAGAGUGUGGGGGGGCAUUCAGAGGGAGGCCGGCGAGAGCAUCACUGUCAUCACCAUCAUCACCACCAUCAUCCCCAUCAUGGGCAUCACCACAACCCUGCGCAUGGAGACCGCCCACCGGCGACAGGAGCAGGGACAGACGACGGGAAUAUACCCGUCGCACGGCGGCCGCGGACAUCCCAGUACCCGAUGGUCUCCUUCGAAGACGCGUUGGCAACGGUCGUUGCGCAGGCACCGCUGUUGGUUGCGGAACAGACUUUCAUCACAAGUCCGAAUGUCGUGGGUUCGAUAUUGGCGGAGGAUGUAAGAUCUAGAGAGGCCGUGCCGAACUAUAGGGCAUCGAUUGUGGAUGGGUAUGCGGUGGUAGUCACGGACGGCCCCGGCACCUACCCAGUCCUAACCGCCUCGACCGCCGGCACCUCCACCGUCCCGACCCUCCACCCCGGUCAAAUCGCCCGAAUCGCCACCGGCGCCCCACUUCCCCCCGGCGCCACCGCCGUCGUCAUGGUCGAAGACACAACUCUCAUCAAAGCCUCCGCCGAUAACCACACGGAAGAACUAGUCCAAAUCCACGUCAAACAACGCCUUAACGAUAACAUCCGCGAGAUCGGAUCGGAUGUCGCGCUGGGUGACCUGGUUCUCGCCAAGGGGUCUAUAAUCACACCCGCGGAGAUCGGUCUACUUACAUCGGUGGGCGAGGUGGCCGUGCGGGUCAUCCGCAAACCAAGGGUCGCGGUCAUGUCGACGGGGAACGAGGUGCUCGAGGCGGAUGCAAAGGAGCUUUAUUAUGGGUGUAUUAGGGACUCGAAUCGGCCCAUGCUGCUUUCGGCGGUUGCGGAAGCUGGGUUUGCGGGGAGGGAUUAUGGGACUGUUCGAGAUCGGACCGCCGACCUAGAAACAAGCAUACGCACCGCUCUCACCGAAUGCGACGUGCUCGUCACAACCGGCGGCGUCUCAAUGGGCGAACUCGACCUGCUCAAACCGGUAUUGGAGAAAGGACUGGGUGCGAAGAUCCAUUUCGGGCGUGUUAUGUUGAAGCCGGGCAAACCAACGACGUUCGCAACACUAACCCUCCCGACCGACCCAACCGCGACACCCAAAUUGAUCUUCGCACUCCCCGGCAACCCUGUCUCGGCGUCGGUCACGUUCUACCUCUUCGUCCUGCCCGCGUUGCGCAAGAUGGCGGGGUAUGAGCAUCCGUAUCUGCCUAGUGUGAAGGCUGAGCUUUCAUCCCCCGUAACCCUCGACCCCGCCCGCCCCGAGUUCCACCGCGCCUACCUCUCCAUCGCCGUCGACAACACUGCCACGUCCGCUACCAACAGCGACGGUUCACCACGCACGCGGACACGCAUCGUAGCCCACAGCACGGGCUCACAGCGCUCGAGCCGGAUGCUGAGUAUGCGUGGCGCUAAUGCUUUGUUGAAACUGCCGGCGGGGGAUGGGGUGUUGGGGGUGGGGGAAGUGGUUGAAGGGGUUAUGUUUCGCGGGUUUUGA